AUGUUAAUUACAUUUACUUCUCAUUUCCGCCGCAGAUUGCAAUGGCUUAUCCAGGAGGAGCUGUAUAUCGACUUCGAUUUAUACCAGCUCUCCGAGGGCAAGGAACGCAGCGUGCUCCUCGACUACGUUCGCAUGUACUGGGACCACCUCCUUGAAGGCGAGAACGCGGAGCAGGUUAAGCUGCUUGUUUCGAUCCUCCGAGACGACGAUCGCAGCGAGAUAGAGGCGGCACAGCUGAACCAUGGGAAUUCCGCUGCUCAUGCUCGCUUGAAGGCUUCGGAACUGCCACCAACGGAUUAG